AUGAACGGCAUCGACAUCCUUUGCGAUGCCGCCGGCUCUGACAUGCUGAACCCCCUCUAUUCCCCGCCGGAACUGCCGAAACAAUCGGCCCAACCUUUAUCCCAACAGCCCGGGAAACGCAAACUGAGCACAUCCGACACCUCUCCCUCUUCGACACAUGUGUGUCAUAUAUGCAAGCGUGUCUACGAGCGGGCCGAUCAUCUGACGAGACAUCUACGCUCUCAUGAGAAUGCUCGUCCCUACCAGUGCUCCCGCUGUCCCAAGCGAUUCAAUAGAGCCGACCUCCUCACCCGUCAUGAGACAACCCACGACCGAGAUAAUACAGGCAAGGGUAGAACCUUCAUACGGAGGAGCGAUCGGGCUGCCGAGGCGUGCCUGAAUUGUGCCGCUUCCAAGUCAAAAUGCGAGGAUGCCAAGCCAUGCUCUCGCUGUCGAUCCAAGAAUUUACCAUGCGAAGUCCCCUCGAAGCGUACGCAUCCUCACCGGACGUCAAUCGAUGGCGCCUCCAGCCCUUCCGAGACAUCAACACUGCAUAUGAGCGUCGACAUGAACGGCAGCAUGGACACAGGUUCCGUUUAUACGGCCUCCAAACUGGUCAUGAUGCCACCAAACCCCGAUAUGAGCCAUGAUCUGGACGCAUCCUCUUACAUGGACGAUGGCUUUUCGAACCCUGUCAUGGACAUGGUGAUGGACGAUAUUGUCAACUUCAAUCCAGUACACACGUACUUCCAGGACAUGGACUUUUCCUCAUGGGACCUGAACUUUGACGCCAUAACCAUCCCACAACCUGAGAUCAACCAAACCCCCGAGUCCACUACAACCAGCCGGUCAAAAUCAAACACAAGAAAUGCAUCAAAGGCACACGCGGCCUUCAAACGGUCGCCUUGGCUGUGGGAGCCGGGGCCAAAGGAUUACGCGCUGCAUCACGCGUCACCGCAGGACAAGGAGCAGCUCAUUCUUGACAACGGCACCUUUGCUAAUUCCCCCGCUUUCGAUAAGCUCAUCAAUACUCCGGGCACGAAGCUAAAGAUGACUUCCCUCUCAAGAGACAGUCUUCUGGCCAUGGUGGUAGCUAGCACAGUCUCGAAAGGCGGUCGCACACGUACACCAUCUUUCCCUUCUUUGGAUCUCCUGAAUUACCUCGUGCAAGCCCAUUUCAUCCACGAUGAGCACCAGAGCGACAGUUGGAUUCAUCUGGCGACGUUUGAUGCUGCUGCUGCUAUUCCAGAACUACUUGCUGGUAUUCUGUCCAGCGGUGCUACAUAUAUUUCCAUUCCUGCUGUGUGGCAGUUCGGGUUCUCGCUACAUGAAGUGCUCCGGCUUGGGCUGGCAGAUUUGUUCGAAGGCUCAAACUCAUUCACGCGAGAACUGGCGGCUCUCCAAGCAUUCAUGCUCAACCUAGAUAUUGGCAUCUGGAGUGGCUUCAAGCGGAAGAUGGAAAUUGCGGAGAGCUUCCUGCAGCCCCCGAUGACUAUGCUCAGACGUGCAGGAAACUUCUCGGCCCCACCAGACUCUUCGGCUAUGAUCCCGAUGAUGACAGACUCCCCCGAGGUCCUGGACUCGAAGUGGCGCAAAUUUGCGAAGCGUGAAUCCUACAAACGCCUUGUUUUGCAUAUGUUCUUUCACGAUAUUCAAACUUCUAUCGGGUUCUGCAAAAACCCACUAAUGUCUUACACCGAACUCAACUUCAGCCUUCCUGCUUCUCGAGAUCUAUGGAGAGCACGAUCCGCUGAGCAAUGGAGGAACGUGUAUGUCGCCAAAACAAACGCAGCCCCAGACCGCAUCAUCCCACGUGUAUCAGAAGUGAUGCACUGCACUGAAAUUCUGGACGAAUUCGACCAACUGGUCGAUACAGAAUUGUGUUACAUGGCCUUGCUGCAUGGCUACUGGGGUCAAAUAGCGGCAUAUCGUGAAGCCAUCAAGUUCUAUGCCGAUGGUCUCUCGAGCAAGAGGAAUGCAACCCACCGCCUGUGGCUCAAAACACAGUAUCAGGAGCUCUACCGAGAUUUGAACGACUUUUCAACCAUGAUCCUCACAUCAAAGCGGCCCACAGCUCAACUUGCAGUCAUGUCAGAGCUUCUCAUGAUGCUCCUACACGUCUCUCCCGACAUCUUGCAGACGUUUGCUGGCAAAUCGGGAGAGGACGAGGCCCGUAGGACGUAUACCAGCCUGGAAGACAGCUGGGUAAGGACGUCCGAGGCACGUUACGCGAUAUGGCAUGCUGGUCAGAUUUUUCACCAUGCUCGCCAGCUUCCACCUGCGUCGCUACGUGAAUUCAACGCCAUCGCCGUGUACUACGCAUGUCUCACGCUAUGGGCAUAUGGGUUGCUAUCAUGUUCGGCAUCUAGACAUGGUUCCGACCAAGACAUUGGCAACGGCAUGAGCACUAGCAGGUCUACGUCGGGAUACACGCUGAUGGAUUCGGACGAAAACCGGGACACCAGAGCUUUUCUCCAGCUUGACCGCGGAGUACCUGGCAUCACCAUCAACGGAAACCCUGCCGAUGGCGUGGAAUCGCUUUCAAAUCCGAGCGUGGUUCUCUCUAUCGCGAGAGACAUUUUCCGGAACAAUUUCCCUGUGGUUUCGGAGCCUUUACCGCCCUUGGUCGAGAGUUUACGGAGCCUGUUGCAUGACCUUGGCUCGGGGGCAGCAGGGCGACCUUCGCGGGCUGGGAGCUCGGAUUUGUCAUAA